AUGCCGGCUCCCAAACGGCUACGGGAGCUUGUACGUGAUAUCCGAUCAGCUAGAACAGCCGCAGAGGAGCGUGCGAUUGUUAAUAGAGAGUGUGCUCUGAUUCGUGACAGUUUUCGGGAAGAAAACAACGUCUACAGAUGUCGCAACGUGGCCAAAUUACUAUACAUCCACAUGCUUGGAUAUCCUGCUCAUUUUGGUCAACUGGAAUGUUUAAAGUUGAUUGCCUCGCCUCGUUUCACCGAUAAACGAGUGGGAUAUUUAGGUGCAAUGCUCCUACUGGACGAGCGAACAGAUGUACACUUGUUGGUGACCAAUUCGUUGAAAAAUGAUCUGAACCACCCAACAGCAUAUGUUGCUAGCCUCGCCCUUUGUACAUUGGGCAGCAUUUGUUCGGCAGAAAUGAGUCGUGAUUUGGCCGGUGAAGUGGAACGAUUGAUCAAAUCGUCUAACUCAUAUUUAAAGAAAAAGGCUGCUUUGUGCGCCUUUCAAAUAAUCAGAAAGGUGCCCGAUCUGAUGGAAAUGUUUAUCCCGUGCACGCGUUCCUUAUUGGCUGACAAGAAUCACGGUGUCAUUUUGGCUUCAAUCUGUCUCAUCCAAGAAAUGUGCGAGCGCAGUCCAGACACUUUGAACUAUUUUCGCAAACAGUUGGUACCAAUGCUCGUCCGCACUUUGAAAAAUUUGAUCAUGACCGGCUACUCCCCAGAUCAUGAUGUGAACAAGAUUAGCGACCCUUUUCUCCAAGUGAAAAUUCUCCGUUUGAUGCGUGUACUUGGCCACGGGGAUAAAGUUGCCAGCGAGGCAAUGAAUGAUAUACUUGCCCAAGUUGCUACAAACACAGAGACCAGCAAAAACGUUGGACAUGCGAUCCUUUACGAGAUCGUGUUAACUAUCAUGGGUAUCGAAUCUGACCCGGGACUUCGAGUGCUCGCAGUGAACAUACUCGGACGCUUUUUAUUAAAUCCGGACAAAGACAUACGCUACGUUGCUCUGAAUACUCUGUUACGGGUAGUUCACGCUGACUGCAAAGCUGUACAACGCCAUAGAGCUACUAUUUUGGACUGCUUGAAGGAUCCGGACGUUUCUAUCCAACGGAUGCAUUUGUUGUAA